AUGUCUGAUAAUCCUACCUCAAGUUAUUUUGACUAUUUAAACAAAAAUGAUAAUGAAAACUACUUCUUAGAUGGUGUUAUAGACAUUAAGAAAAUUAGAGAAAAAACUAAUUUUACUAUUUCAGAAACUCAGAACUUUAUCACUAAGUCUUUUUUAUCAAAGCUCUUUGAUAGAGAAAACAUUAUUAAAUAUGGUAAAAUGAUAGGUGAAGUAGCAGUCCCUAUUGAUCAAACUAAGGGUGAUUUCUUAAUCCAAGUAAUAAAUAAAGAACAAAUCAGAAAAAGAUUAGCUAAACUAAGACCAGAAGAACGAAAUAAAAUAGCUUAUAUUCAUAUUAGUACAAUUCAAAUUAUAUUAAAAUCAACCAUGAAAAUAGGAAUUGACGCACCCAUGGAAUUAGAAAUUCGUGAUGAUAGGCUCCUAAACGAAGAAGAAAGUAUUAUUGCUAAAGGAACGGGAAAUUUAGGAGUAGGAAUAAUUAAAUUCGACAUUAACCUGCAACAAGGAUUAAGCCUGGCAGAUGGUAAUCUUGACUCUUCUAUCAUUAUAAAAUACGAAUUAAAAAGAGAAAAUUUUAUGAAAGAGAAUAGCAAACCAUUUUCAGUAACUUAUCAAAUAAAUUAUGCAUUAACAAAUAGUCACCACAGCUUAACCUUUAAAAAUAAGGAAGUAAUUACUAUAGAAGAUUUAUUUAAACCUUUAAUUCAACUAGAAGCACCAUUAAAAACUGUUAGAAUAGAACCUAGUCGACCAUCGAUAACCCAAGAUCAAAGACGAUUAAUUAAAACACAAUCAGAAAGAAUUAGGCAUAUCCCAGUAAUUGAACAAAAUCUAGAACAAGAAGAGAUAACCAAUAAUCAAGUAAAUAAAUUAAUUGAAGAGAUAACCAAUAAUCAAGUAAUAAAUAAGUUGGAAAAAUUGCAACAUUCAAUCGCAAAUCUAGAGAAUAAAAUCUAA